AUGGGAAAGCCACACGCUUCGGACCCAGCCGAGCUGACCAGCCACCGUCUCGUACGUUCUCUGGAGAUAACUUGCCCCGGAGUGGUGUUGAAAGGCAGAGAGGAACUUUAUCUCAGUGUCUCUGUACUGGGGCAGUACAAAAAGACUCAACAUGUCCCUGCAGCAUUUCCACUCUUCUUUCAAGAAAAACUAGUAUUUGAAAAGGCAUUUCCUGAUGUAGUUGAUCCUGGUGAUCUUGUGGAGUUACUGGAACUUGACACAGCAGUACUUGAACUAAUACAGCUCGUUCCUCCAGUAGGAAAAGUUCUGGCUACAUAUGAAGAAAAUACAAGAGAUUUCCUGUUCCCUGACCCUAAGCUGACCCCUGGGCACCAUGGUUUAGACCGUGAGAUUUUAAUGAAGAGGUCGUCUUCUUUUGCGGGAAUUGCACCAAAAUUGAGAUUUUCUACGAGCUCCCUUAUUACAGAAAGUCUGUUAAGCUCAGAAAGGAGUCACAUACAGGGUGAUAUGAAAGGGGGACAUCAGUCAACCCCAAAUGGAAAACUGCAAACCAAGUUACCAAAGAAAAAUACUCUUUCACCUGAGAAAAGCAGGCACAGCUUAGCAGCAAAGAGCUACCAGCAACCUACAAUAGCUUCUAAAUCCCGUUCUCCAUCUCCGUACACAAAGAGACGAAUGUGUGAGCUCUCACAAGAAGCUGGGCAACGACUGGCCCAUUUAAACCUUGGGCCUUAUGAAUUCAGAAGAGAAACUGCUAAACCCCCAUUUGUAGUUAGACGGGUUGAACAACGAAGUCCUAGUAUUAAACUUCAUACCUGGUGUCCCAUGCAAGAAAGCACAGCAGAAGCCUGGACCAAGGUAAACCAUGAUUCUUCUCUUCUUGGCAGCUACAGACCCAAGAAAGCCCAAGCAAAAUCUAUUCAUGGAAAAGACUUGGACAGUUCUGAUGUCUGCACUAAGGAUGGGAUCUCAGAUCCAGCCAGCACACAGUCCCAUGUUGUGGGUUUAUUUCAACGUUCAGCACCUCCAGCAUUUCAGAAGCAAGCUCCAAGUUCUGUGCUCCAACGAUCUUCUCUAAGGGAGAGAUUUAGCUCUGCUUGGCCUUCACCAGCAAAUGGAGAGGAGAUCCAUAAAAGAAUUAAAAACAUUUUAAGGACACACAGUGCCAGACAGCGCCUGAUACUUGAUGAGAGUGACGCAUCAAAAGGAGACUUCAGGAAGACAACAGAAUCUUUGCAUGAAGCACCUUUAUCCAUGAGGGAACUGCAGAGCAGUUCACCAGUGCAGCAGAAAACUUCUGUUCACUUGGAUAAUGGUGAAUAUUGGUCUAGUCGUGCAGCUGCAUACAAAGGGAAGUCUCACAGAGCAAUCUUUGAAGAGAGUCUCUCAAAAAUAUACAGAAACAUGUACCAAAAAGCUUCUGGCACUGUUUCAGACCAAAAAAUGCACUCCUGA